GCGGAGGCAGAGGAGGAGGAAGCCGGAAGUGCAUCGGCCGGGGUCGGUCUGGGCGUUGCGGGAUUGGGGCCUGGGAUUGCUCGGCCCCGGGUAGCUGAGGAGCCCGUGACGGGGCGGAGCGGCGCCAUCCCAGCUCUGAGGCCUGCUGACCGGCAGGCUCUGCGCGCCCGGCGAAGGUCAGCGCCCAUCAGCAGCGACCACAGAGCUACGGCGGGCGGCCCCGGGCAUGUAUGCCCCCGGAGGCUCUGGGCUGCCCGGCGGGCGCCGGCGGAGGAGCCCGGGGGGCAGCACUCUGCCCAAGCAGCCCGAGCGGAGCCUGGCUUCGGCCCUGCCUGGUGCCCUGUCCAUCACAGCGCUAUGCACUGCUCUCGCGGAGCCCGCCUGGUUGCACAUCCAUGGAGGCACCUGUUCCCGCCAGGAGUUGGGGGUCUCAGAUGUGCUGGGCUACGUGCACCCGGACCUGCUAAAAGAUUUCUGCAUGAACCCCCAGACAGUGCUGCUCCUGAGGGUCAUUGCUGCCUUCUGCUUCCUGGGCAUCCUGUGUAGUCUUUCUGCAUUCCUUCUUGAUGUCUUUGGGCCCAAGCAUCCAGCCCUGAAGAUCACUCGUCGCUAUGCCUUUGCCCAUAUCCUCACUGUCCUGCAGUGUGCCACCGUCAUUGGCUUUUCUUAUUGGGCUUCUGAACUCAUCCUGGCCCAGCAGCAGCAACAUAAGAAGUACCACGGCUCGCAGGUCUACGUCACCUUUGCUGUUAGUUUCUAUCUGGUGGCAGGAGCUGGUGGAGCCUCAAUCCUGGCUACUGCGGCCAACCUCCUGCGUCACUACCCUACAGAAGAAGAAGAGCAAGCACUGGAACUGCUGUCUGAGAUGGAGGAGAAUGAGCCCUACCCAGCAGAGUAUGAGGUCAUCAAUCAGUUCCAGCCACCCCCAGCCUAUACACCCUAAUGCCAGCCAGAACUUUCUUCCUUUCAGCAGCCCCUCCCCCAAUGCUACAGCUCCACUUGCACCCAGAGGAGCUCCUUUCCCCAGCAGGCCUCACUAGUAGGACCCUGACCAUCUUUACCAAACCUUCCCCAGGAGAGACUCUGCCUUUAGAGUUGUCCAUGUGUCCCUGCUCCCAGAAGUUGGGAUUCAGCGAAUUUAUGUAAUGCACUUUCCCCUACUGCCACACUCUGCUCCCUUACCAGUCACCCAUCACUUCCAACCAGGGGAGGGCCAGACAGGUUUCCUCCCUUCAUGGGCCAUAUCUUUGGGACUGGGACUUUCUUGGGGUUGCUGCUGGUAGUGGACAAUUCCAGAGAGAAGUGUCACCAGAGCACAAGGAAAAGGGGACUUGCCCUAUAGGUUCCCUUCAUGAGGCUCAACAUUUGUUCCAUACCUGUAGCUCUGGGCUGACUCCUUCCUUCCUUCUCAGUGCCCCAGGCCCAGGCUGCCCACCUGGUGGAUUAUCUGCACUUUAGUCUUUGGACUUCUCCUUACAUGUGUUCUGGUUUUCUGGGAAGAAGAAAUUACUGUUGGGGAGCAGAGCACUAGCUCUCUCUGCCCUGCUGUGGUUUCCUAUGUCGAGCCAGGAAAGGAAGGCAGAAGCAAGCCAGAGCCCAAGGCCUCCUGUGCCUCCUCAUAGGAUCAGAGGGAAAGAGACUCAGUCUCUUGAUCGUGUCAUCUUUUAAAAUGAAUAGUUUUAAA